UAUGAGCCAAUCAAAGAGAAAAAAAUAAAGGAAAAGGAAAGGCUGCCCCCCUUUUCUCUCUCUCUCUCUCUCUCUCUCUCUCUCUCUCGGGAAACCCUUCUUCUCUUGCAUUCUUCUCUGCGUGGCCGUACCCGUUUCAGCCUCUCCCUUUGUUGUUCUGCUUCCUCUGCUUGUUCUUGCGCACGGCGUCUGGUUGUUUCCGGCCAGGAAAUGGAGGCUGCCUUGGACCGAGGAGCGCGUUUCACCGUCGACGACUUACUGAACUUCACGUUGGACGCUGGUGACGAAAAUGACAGAACUGCCCUCGGACCCCCUCCUCCUCCUUCCCUGGAGGACUACUCUUCCGACCCACACACCCAACAUCAACAUCAUCAAAGCCUCCUUGCUUUGCCUGACUUUGCAGAGGAAGAACUGCCAUGGCUGUCCAACAAAGACGCCUUCCCCUCCGUCGAAACGUGCCUGGACAUCCUCCCCGGCGCCGUCCUCAACCACCAGAGCCCGGUGUCGGUGCUCGAGAACAGUGCCAGCAACAGCAACAGCAACAGCACCACCGCGGCCGCCGCCGCCAUUACCAGCUGCUGCGGCGGCGGCCGCAUUGCCGUUCCCGUCAUCUACCCCAUGAAAGCCCGAAGCAACAGGCGCCGGAGACGGCGCGGCGGGUUUCCCUGCUUUUCCGGCCAGCAGUCUUGGUCUUGUGGCCAAGAAAACGCCAAGCAAGAAUCGCCAUUGCCGAGAACAGCGGCGUUGGGGCGGAGAUGUUAUCAUUGCCUUGCCGAGAAGACGCCGCAAUGGCGGACGGGUCCACUGGGGCCGAAGACGCUGUGCAAUGCUUGCGGGGUGCGGUUCAAGUCGGGUCGGCUGGUGCCGGAGUACCGCCCGGCCAGCAGCCCGACGUUUUCAAACUUACUGCAUUCGAAUUCGCACCGGAAGGUUGUUGAGAUGCGGCGGCAGAAGCAGCUGGCUGGGCUGCCGGUGAAUGAAGCCUGUGAAUAUAGGGUAGGAUAGUGGUGAGUACUUCUGUUUAUCUUUUUUAUAAUUUCUUCUUCUUUUUUCUUUUUUUGGAUUUUAUCUAGUUAGAUGGAAGUUUAGGGCUGAUGUAAUGGUCUAGAUGAUUAGUGAACCAAAUUUGUUUUGUUUGUUCAAAAUCCAGUAGGGGAAUUUUGACUUAGUGUGCUUGGCUAUGCAUUAGAAUUAGAAAAGCCCAGAAUGAUUUGGUUUUGGUGUUGGUUUUGGCCAUUGGUUAUACUUCUUGUUUUAUUCCCUGGAAUGAAGAAGAUGAUGAAUUUUAGCAAAAAUAUAGGCUGCUCAAAUGCCAAAAACCCGGAAAGAUUCGAUCUUGGUUUCGUUUGGCCAUUCAUUGUGCCUCUCCUUGGGCUGCUUGGAAUGAAGCAGACGGUGAAUCUUUGGAAAGUUGGGACUCAUUGAGUGCUGAUUUUGAUGGCAGAGAUGAGAUGGCUUUGAGUUUCAGCUUUACCAUUUGAGCUAACUUAGCUGUGAUGGCGGCAGGUAGUGGACGGUAGCUUCUGAUUGAAUAUUUUGUAUGACAUUUCCUGUUAGCAGAGCCUUCAAAUACAAUGACCGAGUUCUGUAAUUUGAAUUCUUUCCCCCUUAGUGUUGCAAUCUACUGAACUAGUUCUAUGUA